UUGCGAUCAGCUGACUGUCACUGAAUUUGAAUGGUUUUUAGGUUAGAAAUAAAAAUGAAUAUAACCGAAGAAUUAAAAAAUCGCGUAAAAUUUAUCGGAACUUCCCCCAUAAAAGACGAUCUCUUCAAACAGCUACUCGAACACAACUUCUCCACAUUAACCGGAAAACCAGAGAAUCUGAGCGUCCUUUACAACUCGAAACCCGAUCUAAUCAAAGAGGCUCACGCGAUUUUGAUGACGAUCAGCGCAGAAUUCGGUCGUCACGAUCUGACCAAAGAGGAGGUGAGGUCGUUUUUGAUCGAUUGUAACUUUAGCACCGGCCGAGCGGCGGUAUUCUCCGAACUGUACGAUCGCAACAAGAGAGAUUUGCAGGUCGCCUUGGGUAAAAUUGGCAGUCAUCCGCCGCACAUUGUCGAUGCCGAGUGGAAAAUCGAUUACAUAGUCAAGGCGAGUAAUUUGGAUCAUUCCGAGGGACCCAUCUUUCGGAUAGCUCUGGUAACGAGUAAGUUUGAUGAAGAUUCGGGAAGUAAAGGGAUUGAGCGAGUGUACUUCACUUGUAAUGGCCAGGAGUUGCAGGAUCUCGUUUACAAAUUGAAAGAUGCAGUUCGUCACUGUCAACGUUUGACUUCAGAAUGAUUGUUUGAUAUUAGAGUAUUUUAUGUUUCCAUUAAAAGCCAGAAAUAACUGUAG